GCUGUGGGCGGACAUCUUUCGAGUUCACGGCGAUGGUGAGUACAUGCGAUGGGAAAGAGUUUCUGAUGACGUAGUUCCGGUCAAUAUCUCCUGCAUUGAAGACACCCCUUCUACUGUGUUCCAGGUAACAGCAUACAACAGACAGGUGGAGAAGAUCUUUGAUGUGAAGAUCUACCAGCCAGGCACGGUCAUUUGUCCAGCAACAGAUUGUUUUGUCCACUGGCGGGACGCUGCUAGCCACUGCGAGUGGGGACUGAACUUCUCCACCUCUACAGACGCCCAGAAGUUCAGGGAUUGUUGUUCGUUUCCAACUCAGAGAUUUGCCAGGAAAGCCUCGUCUGCUAGUUCACUUCGACUCAGUCCACCCAAGGUAAGAUUUAGUGGCGUGCGCAUCAACAACCGACUUUCCACCAAUAGUCCAUCAAAAACAGGAUCGCAGAACGGAAGCGGAGUCCGUCGGACUCAAUCUCCUCCCCCUGACUACGCUUUAAUCCACAGACGAAAGCCUCAAGCAGCUGAUGAUUCCAGUGUAACUGUUGUAUCCACAAGUAAUUCCACCAACCCCGCUUUCAGAAGAUCAUUCCCUUCAGGUCGUCGCGUGGAAUCUUCCAGCACUGGCAUUUCUCCAUUGUCCGUGACCUCAAAAAUCAAAGCAGCCGGGCAAAAGCAUGCAACUGUCGCGCCAUCAGAGCCAAUUUUCCAGACUUCCAGUAUCAAAUCAGAGAGCAUUCCUUCAGGGGGUUCCAUUACAACGAGCAGGACUGGGGGUGUUUUGAAAUACGUGGACCACGGUGUACGGCCAGCUUCGGCAAUUUCUGACAUGGCCAACCAGAAAAGCAGCAGUCCCAAACAUGUACAGAUAAGUGAUAUUGUGAGUGUUAACAUUACAGACAUUUCAUCAUCGUGCGUACCACCCACGAUCAUCAACACAAGCAUGGAUAAGCCAAACGGAAUUCUCAAACGGGAUAACAGUGUCAGAAGUGACAAGAUAGUGCAACCAGAACAGAGCCUGCUGCAGACUUUCGCUGUUGGACACCAGUUGGAAACCGUCUGUGAAACCACGCCUACUACGUCGUCACCGCCUCCUUUACCGGAAGAGCCAGUAGUGAAACAUCCAAAAGCAACAUUAAGGGUGGACACAUCUAUAACCACUCCACAGUCGCGAAACACCUCAUCUUCCGAGUCUCCAGAAUGGCCAUCGCCACCUGAACCAUUAACCCCACAGACUCCUCAAACGCCCAAUGCACCAGGUCAAAUCUCAUUCGACAGUGACACCAUUCAGAAGAUGCUGCGCUCUCUUCCAUCCUCCCCCAUGGACAGCGACUUCCCAGACGACGCAGACCUGGGAUUCCACGAAGAGUACAGCGCCAGCGACGACAGCCACACCAAACAUCCUCAGAAUGACCAGCAACUACAACUGCCAAGGCAAAACGGAAGGCGAGGAAAUCGGUUAUCCAGAACCAAAAGUCUCACAGUUCACGAUCGAAACACUAAAGCCAACAGCAAUCCUCGGAGACAACAAAGCAUGGACACACCUGAGGCAUCAGGUGCUAGACACAAAGUGGAGACAACUCGCCCAAGAAGGUUCAACAAGAUUGCUCUAGAAAGAGAGUUAAAGAAAAGAAACAAAAUUAUUGCGGCCAAUUACCCAGACAGUGGACUAGGAGUUUCCACAGACACAUCUUCUUCCAUUCGUUAUGAGAGCAAUUCUGCAUUCACCAAGACCGGUAAGUCGCUUUGUUGUUGUUGUUUGCGAACA